AUGGCCGAAGGAGGGCCGGGCCGAGACGCCACCAAGUGCCCGGGGCAGGAGGAACGGAGCCCGGGGCAGGUCCUGGCUGGAUCCGGCUACUGCAAAUGGUUCAACGUGCGCAUGGGAUUUGGAUUUAUAUCGAUGACCCACAGUGAAGGGCGUCCAGUGGAGCCACCAUUAGACGUCUUUGUGCACCAGAGUAAACUGGUGAUGGAGGGAUUUCGGAGCCUGAGGGAAGGCGAGCAGGUGGAGUUCACCUUUAAAAGGUCCAGUAAAGGGCUUGAGUCGCUCAGGGUAACGGGGCCCGGGGGCGGACCCUGCUCCGGCAGUGAGCGACGCCCCAAAGGCAAGGCCCCGCCCCCGAAACGCAAACCAAAGGGAGACCGGUGUUAUAACUGUGGAGGUCUGGACCAUCAUGCUAAAGAGUGCAGUUUGCCACCUCAGCCAAAGAAAUGCCACUGCUGUCAGAGCGUGACCCACAUGGUGGCGCAGUGUCCCCACAGGGGGGCGCCGUCCCCCUGCACCUCUCAGGACCCACGGCAGCCCCGAGACGACGCCCAGUCUUCAUCUCCAGAGGACACGCCUCCCACCUCUCAGCGCUGGAGGAUGCCUCGAGACUGA